CUGUACUGAUCGACUUCUGCGAAAGAUGGCGAAACCGGCGAGCCGGAGCUGAAAAUCCUCCUACAAUCGGGACCAUCCCCAGCUUCACCAAAUAGUAAUCAGAGAAACAAGCAAUUCAUGACACUCGUAGAUGUUUGUCAAACGUGCAUAGUUGUAUAUUUUUGUGAUUCGGAAAGUGGUGAAGGAUGGAGCUCAGAGUUGGAAAUAAGUAUCGGCUUGGUCGCAAGAUCGGCAGUGGCUCCUUUGGAGACAUCUACCUUGGUACAAACAUUACAAACGGGGAGGAGGUCGCAAUCAAAUUAGAAUGUUUAAAAACAAAGCAUCCGCAGCUCCACAUAGAGAGCAAAUUCUACAAGAUGAUGCAGGGAGGAGUUGGCAUUCCAACAGUCAAGUGGUGUGGGGCGGAGGGGGACUACAAUGUAAUGGUUAUGGAACUACUGGGGCCAAGUCUAGAGGAUCUCUUCAAUUUCUGCUCAAGGGAGUUCUCAUUAAAAACAGUGCUAUUACUGGCAGAUCAAUUGAUAAGUCGAAUAGAGUACGUCCACAGUAAGAACUUCAUCCACAGAGACAUCAAGCCAGAUAACUUCCUCAUGGGGCUGGGCAAGAAGGGGAACAUGGUGUACAUCAUAGACUUUGGCCUUGCCAAGAGGUAUAAAGACCCUCGUACCAAACUACACAUAGCCUACAGGGAGAACAAGAACCUUACGGGAACGGCCAGAUAUGCAAGCAUCAACACUCACUUAGGAAUCGAGCAAAGUCGGAGGGAUGACCUGGAGUCGUUAGGCUACAUGUUAAUGUACUUCAACCGAGGCAGUUUACCGUGGCAGGGCCUGAAGGCAGCUACCAAGAAACAGAAGUAUGAGAAGAUCAGCGAGAAGAAGAUGUCAACACCUAUUGAAGUCCUCUGCAAAGGAUACUCACCCGAAUUUGCAACAUAUUUAAACCACACAAGAAAUCUUCGAUUCGACGAGAAGCCAGACUACUCAUUUCUCAGACAGUUGUUCCGCAAUCUUUUCCACCGAUUAGGCUACACAUACGAUUAUGUAUUUGACUGGAACAUGCUCAAAUUUAGCAAUGUACCAGAGAGGGGAGGUAAACCGCACCCCCAGAAAGAGGCAGAGAGGAGAGAUAGAGAGGAACAUGAAAGACACCACCAUCCCAGGAGCUCAACAACGAGGGCGCUAGCAGGUACUGCCGCCACGGUCCGGCUAAGAAACCAGGAGCCCGCUGCAGUCGUCAACCCUGUGGCAGUCGGAGGUUUCCAUGCCACAUCUCCCCGUCCAGUUUCGCGAGCUGAGCAGCAGCGCUCCAACAACCGGCGCCUGGUGCGAGGUCUGGCCACAGGACCCACCAGCGCGGACCAGGUCCAACGUGGAGACUACGGCCGGCUGGCGACUCCUUACUCUGCUUUCAACGGUGCCACCAGUACUGGCAUGAAAUCGGCCGACGAGGGCGCUGCAAGAACGUCGUCGUCACGUUACAUACGCAAGUGAAAAAGGACACGAUGCUGUACAUACAUGUUUUAAAAUGAAAACACAAAGAUAUUUUAAAGAAAAGAUAGAGAGAAGACGAGAGCGUUGGCCACCCGCAAGAGGUGUGGUGAUGACGGGAUGUGCUCAACAUCGUCAUCAGGGAGAUGGGCCAACCGUCCGGAUCCAAGGCCGCCAAUGACUUGUUGCAAUAGAGUUGCCUGAGCCAGAUUGGAUCCUCCGCGUCCCGCUGAACAUGCAGCAUGAAUGCUCGCCACAGAGAGACUGCGUCAGACAGAAAUGGCACGUCAUGUUCUAUAUUCAGCGGGCUCCUUGAACGUGGGAUACACUUCACAUUUCUUAUAUGAUUUGAGUUUUUGUAUAUUUUCACACCCAAGUUUUUUUUAGGAUGACAUUAAGAGUGAUGCAAGACGGACUGAAAUCAGAUUGCCUGUGGAUUGUAUGCCUUGACAACGAUUGACAAGUUCUGAAACAUGGUAUCAACCAAUUUGGUUUGGAGUAUAACUGCAGUUUUUAUGGUACUUUUUAACUGGGGGGCUUUAAGUAUGCCCAACGAAAGAUAAUUCAUGAACUGACCUGCCUCGUUGAGUAACCGUUUAAAAAUGCUUUUGUUCUUUUUUAGGAAACCCCUAGUUAUGACCACCAUAAGUUACAGUGCUCUAAAGAUAGACAUGAUUUAGAGCUGACCUUAUCCAUGCAGGCUGUUCCAGUUCUGAUAUAUUAGUGCAAAUGCUAAUGCCAGUGAUAGCAUGGCAGUCAAGAUUGCCCAUAGUAGGGAUAGGUAAUAGUAUUCCUUUCUCUCAUUCAUUACAAGUGUGAAUAAUAUAGUUAUGCUGGAUUCUGCUAGAUAUACAUCCUACACAGUAUUUACUGACUGCACCAAUUGUCCAGACUGACAUUUGGUGUAAAAUGGACUACUGCAUGACAAUGGUUGCCAAUUUAAUGAUCACACAUGAUAAUGAUUAUUAAGAUACAUGUAAAUCAUCGAAUAAUAUUAAAUAUGAAAAUUAGAUAGAGAAUAUUCUGUUUAUCAUUACAAAGCGUUGUUCAGAAAAAAAUGUCUCAACCAGGUCUGUGGCUAGUAUGCUGCCCAACUUUGGCAAAAGGAAGCAAGUGACACAUCAGUCAAAUUUGAGUUAUUGUUGUUUUUUUGAAACACCCUUUGUAUGUUGCACUUUUAGGCAGAAUUUGGGGAAGAAAUGAUCGUUCUAUGGAAAGAUAUUGAAGGAAAUAUGCUGUUAAAUUGCAUUGACGCCUAUGUAAAUGACAAACGCACAUUGCUCAUUUACAACAAAUGAUACUUUUGUAACUUGCUUCCCUUUGCCAAAGUACGGCAGUAUAGUAAAUUUGCCAUCCAAGGGUACAUGUACCUGCGAUGGUGACAAUGGCAAAGAGCCAAUCAAAAUCAAGGAUUCCAUAGAAGUUACCAUUUUAUGGCAAAGUUACCGUUAUAGUAACUGAAAGGCACUGUGCCCAGAACUGUGGCAGUCUAUUUAUGAGAGGCUUCAUCUCACUAUAAUGUUGCUUGAGAGAAAAGGGUUUUAGAGAAUAGGAAGAUCAAUGCACAAGAACAUAUAUUUCUACCUAGUUCGGGUGGUCUUGAUUAUGUUUGCCUGCCAUUGAAGAGUCUGGGUCUAAUCUGUGAGUCAUGUGUGAAUUCCAGGUUAGAGAUGAGUGCCAAGAAAGUGGUUUUUGGCACAGUAUCAGCUGGAAUGGUAGACCAAGAUGUAAUGUUUUUAAGCACCAUCAAACUCCCACGCUUCUCCAGUUAAAUGAAGUCUUGGUGUGCUUUUUAAUAUGAGAGGCUACGAGAAAUCAAUUUCUUGCAUGGGUCUUUGAUUUGGUUUUCCUUUUUAAUUUGCUUACUUAUUCAAUCUUGCAAUUCAACAUGCAUACAUAUGUAACUUUCAUCAGCAUAUGGCAUUAACAAGUUAUCCAAAGUCCUAUGUUUUAUGGCAUUCUGGGAUUGUUUGUUUUAUCAAUUAACAAUGUAAUUAGAGUUUAGACAUUCCAGCUUAUGUGAAUUGGUUAAAAGCAUUGCAUAGAUGCAACUCAUCCGACACGGCUGUUCAUGUGAUUAUUGGAAAAUUAAGAUCCCUGCUAUAUUCAUUUCUUUCUUACCCUCCGUAUUGACAUUUGGCACAGGUGAAGAUAUGAGAAAUAAGAGUGUAUUGCGAAUCUGUAUCAUUUUCUCUUUAAAGCAGGGAUGGUAUUAUGUGUCAGCAACUCUUUAAAUGUGAUGUACAUUUCACUGUAUAAUGGUUGCUAUCUGUAAUGCACUAUCGAGAUGGUGGCCUGCACAGCACGACUAUAUGAAAUAUUCAUUAUCAAACCACUAUUUCUGAUGAUUAUCAUACAUCUAUGUCCACAAUCAUUUGUUAAGCUGUGAAAGUGUCGUAGUCGUGAGCUAAAUAAGCUACGGCACUUUGAUUUUCCUUUUUAAUAUAAUAAUGUAUAGCUCUAAGACAUGUUAUAGAUAUGCACCGGAUAUUACUGGAACAAUGUAGUUUAUUGAUUGUGAUUUGAUGUGACAAUAUGCAUUGGCCAUUCCCGUAAGUUAUCGCACACAAGAGGCACGGCCUGCAUGUCCUGUUGGAUUUGGCGAAGCUUUUUUUUUAUGUAUAAGUAAUGAAGUAUAUGUACAUGCAUUUUUCUUCAUUGUAUAAUACAUGUAAAAGUGGCUGGCCACCAUAUUUUCAUUCAAUUUUCUUGUCCUUAAAAGGAGCACCCAAAGUCUACUGUCAACUUUGAAUAUUGUCUUGUAGUUCAAUGAUACAGCACAAGUGUGCAUUCAUCAUAUUGCAAUGCCCUUAUCGCAAUUUUUUUUGUAUUAUCGUAGAUUUAACAAAUGCAUGCCUACGUAUUUGAUGUAUCAUUUGUGAAACAUGGUUUCUGGACAUGUUGUGUGGGUGUUUAUUCUGAUAUAAUUGAUAAAAUCUUGAGGUGGAAUUUAGUGGCACUAGGUGCAACCCAUUAUCGAAAGGCAAUUCACAUUCAUGCUGCAUUAGUUUGCACAUCGAAAAGCUUUUAGUUGUGAAAUGACAACCCCGUAGAAAUUCUGAAAAAAUAAUGCCGUCAUCGAAAAUUCAACCAUACAUUUUCAUAGAUAUUAAAAAUCAAAUUGUCUGCUGUGAAUUAUCUCUGGUUGAAGCUGACAAGGUGCUGCUGUCAUAUAUGAUGAGUCAAAUAUGUACUAAUAGGUUUGUAAAUAAAAAUCACGAAGGCUUCCACUCAAGCAUGAAGCUGCAGCCACACCCACGAAACCAACACCAAAUCGACCAAUGAUGCGUCAUUAGGAAUAACACGAUAGGAUCAUUCGGUCCGGAACUGGUUUCGCUGGUGUGACGGUGGCGCGAGUGAGUGAUGAGAGAAAGAGGGUGAGAGGGUCCCGAUAGUAUGACAGCUUUCACCAAAUAUUUCUGUCUUACACUUUCACAUUUAUGUAACUAAACAGGGGGUUGUUUCACAAAUAUAGUACGACUAAGGUCGUACUUAAAUGCUGACACGUACAUGAAAUGCAACGUGCAAUCUUAUUGUAUAAUAUGCAGAAGUGCACGUCCUCUUGGCAUGAUCUGACCAAUGUCGUCAUGCCUUUUAUACCACGUGCAACUAGACAUUUAAGUGUGACUCUAAGUCAUGCUUAAAUCUUUGUGAAACACCCCCUGAUAUUAUAAUCACUCUAUCUUCAAUUUGUAUCUGCACGUCUCCAGGCAGAUGGUCUAAUUCUCAGACUCUGCAGAUCAUCUAAUACCUACAUGGCUAAACUUGUCAGUCUAAUUCCCUAAUUGACCUAAUAUUUUAUCAUUUUGCCUCACUUUGAAAAAUAUAAUUUGGUUCAUAAUAGGUAUUUCUAUUUCAGAACAUUACACAUUUUUACAAUAACAAAGGCAAAGUAUUUGAGUACUGUCAUGCAUAUUUGGGGGCGAAUGUUCAUUUUAUUUCUUCUGGAAUUGUUGCCCUUCUGCAUUUUUUCGGAAUAUCAGCACCAAUCUCCACUUUCACGCUUGCAUUUUCGUAAUAUUGAUGGCCGUCAUUGUCAAAUGUAUUUUUAUUAAGAAUCUCAAUGUAUUUGAAUUUGCCAGAAUAUGUUUGAAUUUUCAUUUUACUUUGGUCAUUUGUUAAUGAUACUUCAUAUAUAUAUAUGAUUGAUCAUUCAGUUGAUACAUUUACUAUUGGGAUGGCCCCCACAGAUUUACAAUUUUCCCUUUUAAUUCUUUAAUCGAUAUACUGUGCUUUUGGUACUUUGUGAGGAAUGACCGGUAUACAUAUUUAUGUCAAAUUUAAUGAGAUAGUUGGUGUUACUGCAAAUCUCUGCCUGUUAUCAGUAGAUUCUGUGUGAUUUGUGUGUCUCUUUUUUUUUAAUCAGCUCUAGCAUAUGGUAUGGUUUGCAUGUUUUUUCCCCCAAAAUGCUGAAGGUUUAGGAUGGAGAUAUGAAAUAGUAUUAUGAGAAGUAGUUCCUUUAAAUUAUUAUUAUUAGGUCAGAAUUUUUUUUUAUGUGUCUGCCAUGAAUUGAGACAACUUCAGUCAGCCUUGCAUGCGAUGUGUCCUGCAUAAAAGCAUUAACAAAACUUGAUUUACUUGGGCUAUGAAAAAAAUGAAGAGAAGUCUUGUGAUUUCUUAAAAAGGAAAGUUUUCUACGAUGUGGGUACCAAAUUAGGGACAGUGAUUUCUAAAGCUGUUCUUGCCUGUUUCUGGAAACCUGUUAUUUUAUUUCAAACCUGGGUCCCGUUGCAGAAAGAGUUGCGUUUAAACGCAAGUCAAAAAAUCAAUCGCAAGUCCCAUAUGCGCACUGUUGAUUGGUUGAAAAUCAAGUUACGCUGAUUUUUAGAGUUGCGAUCGAUUGCAACUCUUUCUGCAACGGGCCCCUAAUCAAAAAUGGAAAUUCUGGUUCGUCGUAAAAAAUGUGCAAAACAAAAACAUGAAUCUGUUUUGCAAUGGUAAAUUCAAUGAAUUUUCACAUGAAACCUAAAGAACCAACACACAUUUUCCAUUUUGAUUUACUGGUACAUGCAAUAAUAAUAAUAAUGAUAUGUCCAUUUAUAUAGGGCAGUUACUAUGUGCUUAUACUUUGAUACUUGGUAUCAUAUUAUUAGCCCGGCUGUUGCUGAGCCAGUACAGUAUAUUACCAUAAUUGGCGCUAAAAAGCUUUUAAGGAAUAAAUCCCUCCGGGUACCCAUUCACCUCGCCCGGGUCGAGUGCAGCACAAUGUGGAUGAAUUUCUUGACGAAGGAAAGUACGCCGUGGCUGGGAUUCGAACCCACGACCCUCUGUUUCAAAGUUCAGAGACUAAUCCACUGGGUCACAACACUCCACAAUGUAAAUGGAAAUCAGUAUCUCUACAAAUGCUAGUUACUGAAUGGAGAGUAAUGCUUCAGCCACACCAAUCAUACCAUCCCCAUAUUGACUAAUGGUGUGUCAUUGGUAUUUAGUGUAAUAGUUCUUUUUGGUUUGGGGUUGUGACUGAGGCAUAAAGCUUAUCGCCAUCUGAACUCUGAAUAAGAGAUCAUCUCUAAUUCAAACACAUGACAGGUUUGUAGUUAAUAAAAUUCCUUUCCUACCAAUCUUUGAUGUUAAUGGGUAAGCUGACAUUUGCCCUGCAAAAUGCAGUUUCUACUCAGGGGAGCAAUUCUCCAUUCUCUAUAGCAAUGAGGUACGGUACUCUACUCGGCAUGGGUGACUUCAAGUCAUGUGUCGUGUUGAAUGCUGUAGUUGAUGUUGGGUUCAAGCAGACAUUAGCCAUAGCACCAGACAUGAAGAAAUGCUGGGCCCGAUUUCAUAAAAGCUAAAAAUUGAUUGUCAAGCCGAUUUCUGCGAUUAAUGGCAUUGGUUAUUGUGUAUGAUCAAUUGUUAAAAUCAGCCCUGCGAUUAUCUAAAGCCUUGUUCAGGUACGAUGUGAUGAAGCUCACCAUAAAUAUUUGUUCUGCUAUGGCAGGGGAAGGCAAUGCCCCACUUUGCGAAUAAAUGUGCAUUAGCCUCGGAAGAACGGGAAUGUGCAUCAUUGCUUAUUGCAGGUUAAGGUGUGAAAAUGUCUUCAUCAUUCUUGGAAAGUUGAUAAUUUUGUUUCUUUCGAAAAGUUACAUUUAUAUUGCUUCUAUUUGGGGAGUUUAACGUGAACUACCCAGUUAUUGGAUUUUUUUUUUUUUUUGGGGGGGGUGGGGCCUCUAGGUAUUGCUGCUCAUGUGGUAGAAAGCUUAAAUGGUUAUCUGUUUGAAGUUAAAGUGAAUGAAUACUGCAUGCCUGCAUAGAUGAGACUGAUAACUUAUUAGAUAAUCAAUAUUCUAUUAUUUGACUUGUAUCUUUACAUGUUAGCCAUCAAAUCUAUCCAAUUUCAGUGGCAUUUAUUUCCAGAUCUAGUUUGAUUUGUAGUGAUUUUUGUGUGUUUUUGUCAGUUUCUUUUUUUUUUCUCUCUCUAGAUAUUUAAUCAGGAUGUUGACUGAAAUUUGAUGAUAGGGUUUUUAAAUUUUUUUUGAAGAUAUUUAAAAGUGAGAGAAUGUUUUUGUACUUCCACUACACCAUCACUACCACCAUGUCAUUAUCAUCAUCACCGCCAUACUCGAAGAUAAUACAAUGAUAAUACACUAUUGUGUACAUUUUAUAUUUUAUAUGGUAUUACAUUGUACUCUACUUGGUUAGGCUUAUCUUUCUCGAGUACAUAAACCUUAACCCAUUCAAUACCAGACAGUCCUUAAACCUGUAAAUGCAUCUAGUUAGAAUAUUAUCUGGUAUUUAAUGAGUUAAGCAUGAUCAUUUAUAGGAAAAUUUGCUAGGAUACGAAAGAGAAAGGUAAUCCUGAUUAAUUCAUUUCAUUCAUAUGUACAUUUCUAUUUCAUGAAAAAAAAAUAAAUGGAAGUAUUUGUUGUGCGAGGACAGAUGUUAUCAAGUUCCACUAUAUAUUUGUGCUCCUGUAAGUUUAUUGCAAAGUGCAUGUACAGAAUCACAUCCCCCAAAGAAGUUAGAAUGUCGUUCUCGUAUGUCUGUCUGGAUAUGAUUUAAAUUGAUAGAAUUAAUAUAUUCCUGUGGUAAAACAUUUUUUAAACUCAUAUUUGGGAGGAAAGAAGACAGAUUUAUAAUGAAUUCAAUCAAGGAGUAAGGAUAACUUUCCUUAUUCUUUUAUAAGUAUCAAUUUUUUUCCUUGUACCAAUGAAUGGAUGUUAUUAUAUAAUAUAUGCAUAUUGUUGCACAAUAAUUGUUUUAUAUCAUAACUGUUCCAUGAAUUGUAAAAUGUUUGUAGAUGUUGUUAAGUAGUCCUCUUUCCUCUUUCUAUGUGUAUAUGAAAUUUAGUCAAUGUGAGAACAUACUUAUGUAGAUGAACUUUCUCAGAAAGGAUUAAAAUUUAAAAAAAGCUGUACAAUAAA